GCAAACUACUGAAUUUGUGAUAAAGAAGCUGCUUUAUUUGUUUUGUCUUCUCAUCAGUGGUGGACGAAGUACACAAACCAUGUACCGGAGUUAAAGUUGAGACCCCCAAGUUCUGCUGCCACCAUCAAGCGAAAGGAACAGUUGCAACAUAUGGACCGGAAGGCUGAUGACAGUGCACUGACCGCCCUGUGGUCAGACGUUGGACGCUCCUGCUUUACGCAAUGCGGUGAGAACCAUACAUUGGGACCCAAAACAGUUCCUCCAUGGCAGCCCCCUAAAGAACUGCCCAACCUGGUGAUAUUUCCACACAGGAGCAUUAUGUGCACCAGCUUGUAAACAUUUUAGCAGUCAAUUAAUCACCAUCACGGGCAGGAAACCAGCUCGUCCACACGUCUCCACUGGCAACCGGGACCCACCCGCUUCUCACGCUAACACCAUGUGGGGGUGGGAGGGAUCUACGUUCUUCUUCCUCCUCCUCCUCCUACCGCACACCCACUAGCACAUGCCAUGCUCCUCUCACACACCCACACUGUGAAAGCGCAGUUCAUGGAAAUCCAGCUGCAUAAACAGAUGGACCAGGGGCCGGGGACGCAGGCUGAGGGGGCUACGGGAGCCUCGGGACAGGACGCAAGCAUGAACUCCACUUUGGAAGCCAGGAUCCAGUCCAGGAUGGAGAAGGCAAAGAAAAUGAAGGAGGAGGAGAAGCUCUACAGGUAUAAUGGGGUCCUGUAUCCAGCGAUCAUGAGCCCAGAGGAGAACCUCAAAGCCCUGGAGACUGUAGAGGCCAGACCCGAUGACAUAAUGCUGGUGGCCUAUCCGAAAUGCGGUUUCAACUGGACGGUGGCGGUGCUGCGCAAAAUCACGUCCGCCGCCACCGGAGUGAAAGCGGAGUCCAAGAUGCCUCCUCUCAUAGAGUUCUUCGGCCCAGAGAUGCUGCAGUUCCUCCAGAAGGCCCCAUCUCCGAGAUUACUGGGGACCCACAUGCAUCCUGACAACAUUCCAGCCUCCUUCUACCAGAAGAAGACCAAGAUGCUGGUUGUUUUCCGGAACCCGAAGGACACAAUGGUCUCGUUUUACCACUUUUCUAAUAAGAAUCCAGUUCUGCCGACUGCGGAGUCCUGGGAUCGCUUUUACGCCGACUUCAUGAGCGGUGAAGUUCCUUGGGGCUCCUACUUCGACCACGCGCUCGCCUGGGAGAAACGUAUCCACGACCCAAACGUGAUGAUCAUCACAUUCGAGGAACUCAAGCAGGACCUGAGCGGAGGCGUCCAGAGGGUGGCAGACUUCUUAGGUCUCAGCUUAACUGAUGAUCAGGUACGGACCAUCGCUGAGGAGAGCACCUUCAACGCCAUGAAAGAAGGUGCCAAGGACUCUCAUGGUCAGAUGGGCAGUGUGUUUUUCAGGAGAGGUGAAGUCGGAGACUGGAGAAACCACUUCAGCCAGGCCCAGAGCGAGCAAAUGGACGCUGCAUUCAAGAAGCAUCUUGAGGGGACGAGACUCGGCGCCAGACUUAAGUACGACGUCUACUGCAAGUGACGGGAAGAACCGUGGCAGAGCAGAAGGCCGAGGACAGAGAAGAACACAUAGGAGACACCAGAGAACAGAGAGUUUCACGUACAUGAGACAGUAAACGAAGAAACGAAGGUCCUUCCUCUCGCAGAGGUGGAGCGCCACACUAUUCAACCACAGGCCAAAGCCGCAAGCAUCAAGAUCUGAAACCGGUUUGUCGAGGAUUAAGACAGGACAAUAAAGGCGCCCGAGGACGACAGCAAGCCAGUAGUAGCUUUUUGGUAGAUGUGUGGUUACAGCCUGCAUGCC